AGCGCUACGUUGUGUGGUCCUGCCUGUGAUGGAAUGACGUUGCCACUGUACUGGCAUGGUCAUGAAGAAAAUAAGUCCUUCUUGCCAAUUUCUUGGCAAGGCUUGCAAAGAUUUGGCCCAAAAAGAUGUAAACCAUUUAUGCUUCAAAACUGUUAUCUUGAACCGUCUCAUCGAUGUUUGAGAUUCACAACUUUCUCUUGUGGCUCACUCUCAACCGAGGGGCUCCUAGGUCACACUCAGUGGUUGAAGCCUUGAGCUGAGGGAGUAGGCACUCACCCUGUUCAGCUGUGUGUUAACCCAAAGAGAACCUUGUGCUCCCAGACUUGAGUGACUGUAAAUGAUUUGCAAUGGUGACAUGAAAUGCAAGAAGGAAGAUUUUUAUUCUCUAAAAGCAGAAACAACCGCGCUACUUUAAAUCUCAGAAAAGGGAGGACAUAAAGCAUGAGUUUCCUGAGCAAACUGCGCCGACUAUUUCGACAGCUCACAUUACAAGGUGUACUUUUGUUACUGUUUGCCUUCUGCAUGGUUACUGUGUUCAUCUCUGCCUAUUACCUGUACAUCGGAACCAAACAAGAGACAGAGCCUUCCAGUGAUGCCCAGCAGCUCAACUGUGAUGAUUCCAGAGUCACUCCGUCCAGACUAUUCCCAACUAAACCUAUGAAGCCAGUGGAUGUCUCUCGCACUGACCCUGUGGUCCUGGUCUUUGUUGAAAGCAUGUACACCCAACUGGGGCAGGAGAUAGUGGCCAUCCUGGAGACCAGUCGGUUCAAGUACCACACAGAAAUCGCACCGGGCAAGGGUGACAUGCCCACGUUGACAGAUGAGGACAGAGGCCGCUUUGUCCUUGUCAUAUACGAGAACAUUUUGAAGUAUGUGAACUUGGAUGCUUGGAACAGGGAGCUGCUUGAUAAGUACUGCAUCGAGUACAGUGUUGGCAUAAUUGGCUUCUUCAAAGCGAAUGAAAAUAGUUUGCUCAGUGCCCAGCUGAAGGGAUUCCCUCUGUACCUUCACUCUAAUCUGGGCCUCAAAGACUGCAGCAUUAACCCCAAAUCACCACUUCUCUACAUCACAAAAGCAAAGGAGGUAGAAAAGGGCUUCCUGCCAGGAGAUGACUGGACUGUUUUCCAGUCCAACCAUUCAACUUACGAGCCCGUUUUGCUCGCCAAGACCAAAUCUGCUGAGAACAUCCUGCACAUGGAGGUGGAUGCUGCUCGUCACACGACUGUAGUCCAGGACCUGGGCCUCCAUGAUGGCAUACAGCGAGUGCUGUUUGGAAACAACAUGAACUUCUGGCUCCACAAGCUUGUCUUUGUAGAUGCUGUCUCCUUUCUAACAGGGAAGAGGUUAUCUCUCCCGUUGGACAGGUAUAUUUUAGUGGACAUCGAUGACAUCUUUGUUGGCAAAGAGGGGACCAGGAUGAAGGCAGAAGAUGUGAAGGCUUUGCUUGAAACCCAGAAGCAAUUGCGAGUCCAAGUUCCAAACUUCACCUUCAACCUGGGUUUCUCUGGAAAGUUCUAUAAUACCGGAAAUGACGAGGAAGACCAAGGAGACAGCCUUCUUCUGGCCAACGUGGAUGAGUUCUGGUGGUUCCCUCACAUGUGGAGUCACAUGCAACCCCAUCUCUUCCACAACCAGUCAGUGCUGGCCGAGCAAAUGCUCCUCAACAAGCAGUUUGCAUUGGAGCAUGGUAUCCCCGUUGACAUGGGCUACGCAGUAGCGCCUCAUCAUUCUGGAGUUUACCCUGUUCACAUUCAGCUCUACGAAGCGUGGAAGCAUGUCUGGGGGGUGAAAGUCACAAGUACAGAGGAAUACCCGCACUUGAAACCAGCUCGAUUCCGACGAGGACUCAAACACAAUGGCAUCAUGGUUCUGCCUCGUCAGACUUGUGGCCUUUUCACACAUACAAUAUUCUACAGCGAAUACCCCGGAGGGCCCAGAGAACUGGAUAAGAUCAUUAACGGAGGAGAGCUCUUCCUCACUGUUCUGCUUAACCCUAUUAGCAUCUUCAUGACACACCUGUCAAACUAUGGCAAUGAUCGCCUGGGUCUUUACACCUUUAAGAAUCUCGUCAGCUUUGCGCAGUGCUGGACAAACCUCAAACUACAGACUCUGCCACCUGUCCAGCUUGCACAGAAAUAUUUCCAACUAUUUCCUGAGGAGAAGGACCCCCUCUGGCAGGAUCCUUGCGAAGAUAGGAGGCACAAGGAUAUCUGGUCAAAAGAAAAAACAUGUGAUAGACUUCCGAAACUUCUCAUCAUUGGACCUCAAAAGUCAGGUACCACAGCUCUCUAUCUAUUCCUCACUAUGCACCCGGAUGUCACCAGCAAUUCUCCAAACCCUGACAGCUUUGAGGAGUUGCAGUUCUUUAAUGGACCGAACUAUCAUAAGGGCAUUGACUGGUACAUGGACUUUUUCCCCAUUCCGUCCAACACAAGCUCGGAUUUCUUCUUCGAGAAGAGCGCAAAUUACUUUGAUUCUGAGGUGACCCCAAAACGGGCAGCGGCUCUGUUGCCAAAAGCAAAGAUCAUCACCAUUCUGAUCAAUCCCGCCGAUCGGGCUUACUCCUGGUACCAGCAUCAGCGAGCUCACGAUGAUCCUGUAGCCUUGAAGUACAGUUUCUAUGACGUUAUUACUGCCAGGGCAGACACAAUGCCAAAGCUCAGAGCGCUCCGGAAUCGCUGUCUCUUUCCAGGCUGGUAUGCAACACACAUCGAGCGUUGGCUUAACUACUACCAUGCCAACCAGAUUCUCGUUCUCGAUGGACAGCUGCUCCGAACAGAGCCAGCUGCAACGAUGGAAAAGGUGCAGAAGUUCCUGGGCCUUCGCAACAUUGCUGAUUAUCACAAGCUGCUGAUAUUUGAUCUGAAGAAAGGCUUCUGGUGUCAGCUGCUGGAUGGCAGUAAAUCAAAGUGCCUGGGGAAGAGUAAAGGCCGGAGGUACCCGGAGAUGGACAGUGAUUCAAGAGCUUUUUUACGAGAAUACUACAGAGAUUCCAACAUAGAGCUUUCAAAGUUGCUGUAUAAACUGGGACAGAGCUUGCCCACAUGGUUGAGGGAGGAGCUGCAGAACAACAGGUAGCUGCCCAACAAGCAACAAAGGGUGAAGUUGUGCAUCUGUGCUUCCAGCGCCUGUUCUCAGAGAUUAAGCCAGCAUUUCCAUCUCAUUGUCAUUCAUUUGUUGAAGGCCUGCUCGAUUUCUCAUCCUUCUGAGCACUGAUUGGGUCUCCAGAGAAGGCUGAAGCAUUCAGCAUUGCUGAUGGUUUAUUAGCCCUGCAGGGAGACCUGUGCUUAUUAGUUAGGCGCUGACUGGAUGGUUGUGAAGAUUAUUGUUUAUUUCAUCUCAGGCCUGUGGUACCUUCCCCGGGAGGAGCAGAAGGGAGUAAAGAUUGUAGCAAUAAUUGGCUCCUCAAGGCAUAGCUGAAGUUCAGUCCAAACCUACGUUCGCUCCUCCUGAAGUGUUGCAGCACAGAACCAUUAUUCAGCUUCAACCGGCUCUCAGGAGAGGUCCAUCUCUGAUUUUCAUGAUCACAAAGAGUUGAACUCUUCCUCACAACAGUCACAUGGAUAAGGAUGUUGGAAGGGAGGUCUCUGUCAUUCCGCUGGAUGCAACAUGUGGCGCAAAAAGACAGUGCCUUCCGACAGCUGCUUUUGACUGGUUCUGUUGGGAGCUUCUUUAUUUAAUGGUUUGAUGGGUUUUCUUCAAGAAACAAUUAAACAUAGCUUCUACCAAACAGUGCAAAGCUGGCAGUCAGUGAAGAUGACUGGAAGACAACUCCUUCCAUCAAAGAUCAGCAAAUAAGAUGGUCACCUGUGCGCAGUAGGACCAGACUUGGAUGAAGAAACAGUUCAGAAUGACCACUAUUUCCUUAAACAUACUGUCACACUUUGUAGUUGAUGUCUAAGGAGAAAGCCACCAGAUAGUAAAGGGGCACAUACUUUUCUAUACAAACAACUUCACAGAAAGCUGCUUGAAAUGGUUCAAGAUAAUUUGAUCACAUGGCAAUGCUACUGUUUAAUUACAAUGAACACAAUUCAAAUUUCCAGUAUGAUGAUGGGCAGUACAUGUAAUGUAAUUAUACCUUGUUUUUCUAUUCCUUCAUGCAACGAGGGCAUCACUCGUUGGCUAGAGGGCAGUUAAGAUUCAACUACAUUGAUGUGGGCCUGAAGCCACAUGUAGAGCAGACCAUGUAGGGUGACAAUUUCAAUUACCUAAAGGACAUUCAUGAAGCAGAUGGGUUUUCCCAAAAACGGCUUUCUGUUCAUCAUUAUGCUCUUGAUUCUAGAUUGUAAUUGAAUUGAAUAUCCAUGAUCUACCACAGUGGGAUUUGAACCCUGGUCCCCAGAACAUUACCCAGGUUUCUGGAUUAAUAGUAAAGCGAUAAUACCACUAGGCCAUUACCUUUUAUUUAAUGUGUCCACUACUCUUAGUCAAAGAGUUAUUGGACCCUUCAGUCCAACUCACCACAGCGAAAAAAUAUCCUAAACUGAUCCAGUCCCAUUUGGCCCAUACCCCUUUAAAUUCUUCCUAUUCAUGUACCCAUCCAGAUGCUUUUUAACUGUUGUAAUUGUGCCAGCCUCUGCCACUUCCUCUGGCAGCUCAUUCCAUACACGCACCACCCUCUGUGUGAACAAGUUGCCCCCUAGAUCCUUGUUAAAUCUUUCCCCUCUCACCUUCAACCUAUGAGCUCUGGUUUUGGCUUCCCCUACUCAGAGAAAUCCACCUUGACUAUUCACCGUAUCGGUGCCCCUCAUGAUUUUAUAAACCCUUAUAAGGUCAUCCCCUCAACCUCUGUUGCUCCAGGGAAAAACAGCCCCAGCCUGUUCUGCCUCUCCCUGUAGCUCAAGCCCUCCAACUCUGGCAACAAGCUUGUAGAUCUUUUCUGAACCCUUUCAAGUCUAACAACACCCUACCUGUAGCAUGCUGUAGAUUCUGGCUGGUGUUUAGAGUGGGCAAUAGAUUGGUUCAACCACUUGCUGAUUUUGGGGUGAAAGUACGUAAGUGUCACUUGUUAAACUUUGUCUUGUUUGAACACACAUGAAUCCAGAUGCUGCAGAAAGCCGAAAUGGAAUCCCGAUCUUCAUGAAAAUAUUGCACCACAAAUUCCACGUAACGUUGGUCCUGACCCAUUCAUCAUUUGGAACCUUUUAAUUGCUCUAACCUAAGUCAUUGAGCAAGAGCAUCCCUGAUGAACAUUUAAUACAGAGACAUCUAAAUGGGGACCAAAUAGUCUCCAGGUAAAGAUGUCCUGUGUUUGCUAAAAGCCACCAUUUUUUUUUGGACUCUGGAUGAGACAACUUUCAUUGUUUUUGGAUGAUGUGGGUCAGGUGACAAGCAAACGCGAUUUGAUCUUGUUAAGUACAGUUGAACCUCCAAGUAAGAUAACAGCGGGCAGACAAUCCUUGAUCAUGGGUACAGCAAUGCCCUCAGCAUCGGAAUAAUGCGACGGAAACUGGGUCGAAGCCUUCUUCAGCAUUGAGGAAUGGAAGGCUGACAUGAGAGGGGAAUGCAGUGACUUCAAGGCUUUAUCCUGUUUAAACCCAAACUGAUAAUGUAAAACGUACGAUAUUCAGGGUGCAAACAAUAGAGGUUUUGCUGUCAAAUUUUGCAAGAUGGAGCUCUGUCCAGCUCAAAAACACCUGAUAAUUAACAUCUUUACUUUUUGAAGGAUUGUGUCUGAAGAUACACUCCAGAACCAGACUGUUUUCCCCUCCCGGGCUUCCCUUUUAAUGAUCCAAAACUUACACUUCAAAUCAUAAUUUUCAGUCACUUGUCGGCAAUAAAACAUUUACCUGUUCCUGGUUUCCCUUUGUGUCAGCUGUGUAAGGAAAAGCAAGAUUUCAUUUUUGUCUAUUCCUCAUCUAUGAGUGGGACCUCUGUUUAAAUAUAACAUAAUUUUUCCACCAUGCAGCAUUACAUAAAAUGUGAAGUUUACAACUGUUUGAACUUUUAGAAAAUCAUAAUUAUGGUAAUUUAUUAACUUAAAAGUGUUUAAAUCUGUAAAUUUAAAUAUCCUGUAAUUUACUCAUCAGCUGUAACAUUAACCCUCUCAUCAUUGGAAUCUGAAACCGUGUAACUGAAGUUUAUAUUGUGUUUUUGUUCUGUUUCUAUGGAACAGGCUGCUUCUUGUGUAUUUAAUUUAAUGUCAUAGUUUACACGGGUUUGCUACAAUGUGCAACAGACUUGACUCAACUGCUGUCUAAGGGCGUGGAGUCUCCAUUGUUUUGGCAACUGCUGUGGUUUUCUUUAUUACAACCGGAAGGUGGGACAGUUGCAGCUGCAUGCAGACUUUCUGCAGGGUUAACACCAAGUGAUUAUUUCCACCACAGGGGUGCUGUCCCCUUAUUAGUAAGGGGUUGAUGGAGAGCAGGCUGGAAAGUGGAGUUGAGGCCAAGAUAAGAUCAGCUGGGAACCUAUCAAGUGGCAGAAUAGGAUCGAGGGGCUGUAUUAGAAUCCCUAUGGUGCAGAAAGAGGCCAUUGAGAUGGAAUCAACAGCCGGAGAGCAUCCCAUCCAGAAUCAUACAGCCCGGGCCCAACCCCAUAACCCUGCCUUGGGUGGCUUACCCACCUAACCUGUACAUCCCUGGACACUACCAAACAGUUUUAGAAUGGCCAAUUUUUAACUGCCACAGAGAGUCAUGGAGAUGUAUGGCAUGCGAACAUCCCCUUCAGUCCAAUUAAUCUAGUCCCAUUUGGCCCAAAUCUCUCUAAACCUUUCCUCUUCAUAUACCCAUCCGGAUGUCUUUUAAAUAUUGUAAUUGUACCAGCCUCCACCACUUCUUUUGGCAGCUCAUUCCAGACACGCACCACCCUCUGUGUGGAAAAAGUCCCCUGUUAGGUCUUUCUACGCUCACCUUAAAGCCGACUGUGGGAGGAAACCAGAGCACCCAGAGGAAACCUUAUGCAGGCACAGGGAGACUGUGCAAACCUCACAUAGAUGGUCACUCAAGGGUGGAACCAAACCCAGGUCCCCAGCGCUGUGAGGCAGCAGGGCUAACCCACUGAGCCAAACUGCUCCAAGCUCCUAGCUAUGGCCAACUGUGAAACCUGGCCUAAAAGGAAAACCAAUAUGGAUCUGACAUUCAGCAUCGAACUGUGUGUUUGAAGCUCCUUAAACUCCUUUCUCUUAUUUUCAUUGCUCCAAAUGUCUUGAUUUGAGUUCCACUUGGGCACCCAUCAGUUCGGCCAAGUGAAAGAACGGGUGGACCUCUGGGUAAAAUGAAUGCUGCCAGUUUUCUUCUUUGCAAGAGAUGGUGAGCUGGGUGCUGUCGGAAGCUCAUUUCCCACCAGCUUACCGUGGACAUCCCGCAGUGAAAAUGCCAGAAUCCCUUCACUGAUAGCUGGUGGAUGCGCGCGCUCAGUCAGUGUCUACUUCCAUUAUUUACUGCGUAAUCACUCAGUAAGAUACCAGAGGUGCUGUUCUGCUACACCUCCAUCCAGAACACCCCACCUUCAGACACUGCAGAAAUCCAAGAAGAAAAGAAUCGCAUUUGCUUCUGCCACACAAUGCCUUGUAUUUGAAUAAAUUCAUGAAGCAGAAGGACCAGAGGUCCUUGGAUAUAAAGAAUUCAUAAGGAUUUAGGGCAUUUCUGUGUUCUGUGUGAACAGUGUACAAUUCCUGAGUGCAUUUUUAGUAGCCCUGGACUGCCAGGUCUGGCACUGUGGUUUACAAAGCACAUUGACUGAGUGACCCUGUAAAGCAUGGUUCAGUUUUGUUGCAUUGUGCAAUUAACAUGGAAUUUGUGUUCUCAUUCAUGUCACCACUCUCUGAUCUUGAAAAGUGUUCUUAUAAAUAUAUAAAAAUGUUCUUCUUUUUUGUAAAAUUGUCAGUAUUGCAUUUCCUGCUGUCACAUUGCGUUGUAAAGUGGAGGUGCUGUAGAUAAACACUUAACCUUCUGGAAACUUUA